AUGGCUUCCGGUCGCUCCUUCAAGUUGAACUCUGGUUAUGAGAUUCCCGCCGUCGGCCUGGGAACAUGGCAAGCCAAGCCAAACGAGGUGCGCGAUGCGGUGGUCGCAGCUCUGAAGGGAGGUUAUCGCCAUAUCGACGCUGCCGCCAUCUAUGGCAAUGAGCAAGAGGUCGGAGACGGCAUCAAAGCCUCAGGAGUUCCGCGAGAGGAGAUCUUUCUCACUAGCAAAUUGUGGAACACCCAUCACCAGCCGGAACAUGUCGCAGCCGCCGUGGACAAGUCCCUUGCCGAUCUGCAGACGGAUUAUCUGGACCUUUACCUCAUCCACUGGCCGGUCGCGUUCCGUCAUUCCACGACCACUAACCAACCCAUCGUCGAGGAGACGGGAUUAAUCGAUGUUAUUGACGUGCCGAUUAAGGACACCUGGGCUGCAAUGGAGGAGCUGGUGGCCAAGGGCAAGAUUCGCUCCAUUGGGGUCAGCAACUUUACCCGCGAGACGAUCGAGGAAUUGCUCAAGACUGCCAAAAUCCCGCCUGCGGUGAACCAGAUCGAGGCGCACCCCUACCUGCAACAACGGGACUUGCUGGAAUGGUCUCAGCAGCAAGGCAUUGUUGUGGCCGGGUAUUCUCCCUUGGGCAACAACAUCUAUAACAUCCCGCGAGCGGUCGACGAUCCACUCGUGAUUGCAACUGCUAAGAGUCUGAAUAAGACUCCGGCGCAGGUGUUGAUCAGCUGGGCAGUGCAGCGUGGUACUGUCGUGCUGCCCAAGUCGGUCACCCCCGAGAGAAUCCAGAGCAACUUCGAAGACUUCGUCCUGUCCGAGGAGGCGUUCAACGCGAUUCAGUCUCUGGAAAAGCACCAGCGAAUGAACUUCCCUGCCCGUCUGGGAGUGGAUAUCUUCGGAGAAGUUGGCGAAGAGAGUGCUCGGAAAAGCGCACUGGCAUGGGCGGACGAGCAGAAGCGGCUCAAGGCCCAGGCUUGA